CAACGAAACUUCGACGCGUCAAGACGAGUGAUUUAAGCGACCGGUUUUUUGAUUAUUUUGUUAGUGCUUUGUUUCAUUUAUGUGCACAUGCGCGUAGAACAUACUUCUCUCUAUUUUAACAUAGUUUGUUGAUCGAUCAUUUAUAGUGCAAAUACUUAAUAUAGCAACGCGAUUUCUAAGCGGAUUUGUUGCGUGCAAAUGCGGAUCACGUAAUUAGAACGCGCGCUCGCGCCGCUUGCCGUAUAUCACAAUAAUUGCCAUUGACAAUAAUUGCUUGUAUGCAGGCGGACGUAAGAAUAACAGACUAUUCGGGGCGCAUUGCCGUGUUCGAUUUGCAGUUUAGUGCGAUUAACUGCGCGCGUGCAAUUAGGUGAAUGUGAGAUUACAAUAUUUGUGCUGGUUUUAUAAAAUUUUUUACUAAAUAUAGGCGUGGCACAUAUAAAGCGCCCAACUUGCUGUAUAUGUUUUCUCAGCUUUCUGCUGCGGAACCGUAGCACAGUUUCCGCGUAAAGUGCACCCAAAACGUGGACGGUGUGUAUUAGCAUUGAUCGCCGCUUAUUUGUUGUUGCUUAAAGCGCAUAACAUAUUAUACCGUGUACUAUUAAAUAUAUUCCAACCAUAAAAUCGUGUUAGCGUUUUGUGAACUACCAAAAAAUGUCGCAUGCGCUACAGGCGUUCAAGUUGAAAACGGCCGCGCAAGCAAAUUUGCCAUUACCCAAAGCGUUGGCACGCCGCGCCCAUUUGCUUGCCACAAAAAAUUGGUGGAAACUGUGUUUUGUGUACGGUCAUGAUCCGUCGAAACUUUACCGUGAAAUCACGUACAACACAGAGCCACCAAAAGAAACGGACACUAAAAAAGAUAAUACAACAACAAUGAAAACUAGUGAGAAUACCGCUACAGCGUGUAAUAUGGAGGCUGCUGAUUCAUUGCGCGCCACGACAAUGUCACCAGUGGAAAGCGGCAGCGCAUCGCAGAGCUCAUUGAAUGACGCUGCAAAAUUAUUUCCACGCAAUAUGCCGAGCGUAAGGCGCAGUCGUAGACGUAUAGCUGCCAAAACAGUAGCGAGCGAUGAAGCAGCGGAUAGCACAGAGUGGCCAGUGACCGCCAAGCAAAUGGCGGAGAAGAAAAACAUUUCGAACAGCGCUCUUUUGCACCGUGUCGAUAGUAGCUGCCACAAAUCGAGCCUCUCAAGGGUCACGAAGUUGACGCCGCGAAAAUUAAAGGCGCCAAAUUGUGCGCAAAGACGGCAACAUUGUAGGCGCACGCCAUUUAGUGAGAAUAAUGUAACGAUGAUAAAUGGCAAGCGCGAGGCAAGUAGUCACAGCAAAGAACGGAGAAAUAAAUGUAGAGCGCACGCUCAAAACAAUGGCCGCGAGAAGCCGCUUGCUGAUGACAACGUUAAAUAUAGCGAAACGCCUAGCGCAAAUAAUGCGCCAACACAGCAGGCAAUCACUGCACGUUGCCAUAAACAUAGCAAGCAAGCGCUUGGCGCUGAGCAACAACAAAAGCAUGAGCAGUUAACUGCUGUACAAAUGCAAGAAACGACGCGCCGGCAGCUACAACAGUGUGAAAUUGCACAAUCACUCAAGCAACCAGCGCGCACAUACCAACAUUUCGCUAAACCACUAAAAUUGUCACUGCUGCCGCAUGAAAUAUCACUGUGCGACGUUGGCGCGCGGUCGCACACAUUAUCUGCUAUAAGCGCGCAGUCAUGCGCGGUCACCCAAACUGCCGAUGUUCAAUACGCGAAAAACCGCUUGGCCGCAAUCGACGCAUUGCCAUCACCCUCUGCCGCCUCACAAACUCACUCACAACAAUCCAGUCUCAUUAGCUACGAUUUGAGUCGUUCCACAAGUCGCCUAAGCUGCUUUGAGUCAAUACCAAAUGCGGUUAAUGCCAUAACAACAACAGUAACAACGGGCAUACAGGCGCUACCAAGUCAAUCAUAUUCCGCUGGUAAACUAAGUCACAAGCCGCAUCACCAACAUAUGGAUGACACAUUUCUGUCAUCUGGCAUCUCAUGCGGCGACGCUGAGACGCAAUCAGAAGCGAGUUGUAGCUCGCCAUCGCUACUGCAACUACAUAAUGUCGCCAGCGGUAGCAACAAUGUAGCCCAACUGCAUGUUGCUGAUAUUGGCGUGCAUAUGGAGGACGUCGAGGAUGCAUUAAUUGAGGCAGAGGUGGCACAGCUUACGGCCAAUUUGCGGCGUGAUGAAGAGGCGGCCGAGCGACGCCUGUCAAGACGCGUCGAGGCAACAACAAAAAUGUUGCAGACCAAAACUGCUGUGUGCACAAGUGGGAGAAAAGCAUCGUUGGCGUUGGCAGCAAAGAAAGUCACCGUCGUCACCAACGCCAAAACAAUGUCAACAACUAUGACGACAAGCGCAACAUCAACAACAACAACUACAGCAACUGCACUGUUACCACAAUCGCUAAAUGUUGCUGAUCUACGCAAUUUGAGAGUUUGCCGCAAUCGCAAUGCCGUGUGGAUGCUUUCGUGCGCCAACAACAACAAUAGCUGCAUAGCGCCCAUACCGGAUGACGCGCAACUAAGCGAUAUUGAAGAGCAACUUGCGCGCUUGCCAACAAGCGAUGAAGUGGAUAUGACGAGUGGUGUGUCGACGACGUUUGAAGAGUCAGCAAAAACAGUAGCAAGUAGCACAGCAGAAAGUGCAGCAACAGCACUGACAGCAGUAACAGCUACAAGCUCAUGUCUGCAGCAACAGCUUACACUUAACACGUGGGAACCGCAACCACUCCAGCAAUCUUGCUACACCUCGUUAGCCCAUCAGCAAUUGCUACUCGAAGUCACCAUGCAACAGCCGACCAAUUAUUACACACAAACCGAAAGUGAAUUGUUGCAGCUGGAAGCAACCGGUGGACACUUACCCGAAUACGAGCAACUGCAAGCAGAAACAGCAACUUCACAAACACAAAAUGUAGCCUCAUCUCCAACACAGCAGCCAGCUGUAAUACCAAUAACGGCACUCAAUAAUUUGGAUCGUGUCACGCCCAUCUCUUCCACAGCCGCCACACCCACACCGACCACUGUCAGCAAUUUGGAGGCAUCAUCGAGCAGCACAAGCAACGGUGGUGGCAGCAGCAACAGCACGACGCCGCAACAUUUUGUAGCGCCACUACAGCGACGCUGCCAAGCGCCGCCACCUUCAUUGCCACUCAGUUCGAUUUCAUCACCGCUGCGUACUGCCAACUACAAGACGGCCGCGUACCACCAACACCAGCAUCAUCAGCAGCAACUGGAAUUUCAGCGAAACUCCCAGUCAGACGAUGAUAGCGGUUGUGCGCUGGAAGAGUACACGUGGGUGCCGCCGGGGCUGCGACCGGAUCAGGUUCGUUUCUACUUCUCACAACUUCCCGACGAUAAGGUACCCUACGUAAACAGUGCUGGCGAAAAGUAUCGCGUCAAGCAGUUACUGCAUCAAUUGCCGCCGCAAGACAAUGAGGUGCGCUACUGCCACUCGCUGAGCGAUGAGGAGCGCAAGGAGCUGCGCAUAUUUUCGGCACAACGGAAACGUGAAGCUUUGGGACGUGGUGCUGUACGUUUACUCUCCGACGAGCGACCAUGCAAGGGGUGCGAUGAGCCGUUAUCCGCCGGUGACAUUGUGGUCUUUGCCCAACGUGUCGGCUCGCAGAUUUGCUGGCAUCCUGGUUGCUUUGUUUGCUGUGUUUGCAAAGAAUUACUUGUGGAUUUGAUUUAUUUUCAUCGUGAUGGCAAUCUUUAUUGUGGCAGACAUCACGCCGAAACGCAAAAGCCACGCUGCUCCGCCUGUGAUGAGAUAAUCUUUUCGGAUGAAUGCACAGAAGCGGAAGGUCGCACUUGGCAUAUGAAACAUUUCGCCUGCUUCGAGUGCGAACAUCAGCUGGGCGGUCAGCGUUAUAUCAUGCGUGACGGCAAGCCCUAUUGCCUCAACUGUUUUGACACCAUGUUCGCCGAAUAUUGUGACUAUUGUGGUGAAGUGAUCGGCGUCGAUCAGGGGCAGAUGAGUCAUGACGGCCAGCAUUGGCAUGCCACGGAUCAGUGCUUCUCGUGCUGCACUUGUCGCUGUUCACUCUUGGGUCGACCAUUUCUGCCGCGCCGUGGCACAAUUUACUGUUCGAUUGCUUGCAGCAAAGGUGAGCCGCCCACACCAUCUGACACCAGUUCGGGACCACAACUGCGUCCGACGCAUCGCGCUAGCACAACAAGUCAAAUAGCGCGUUCACCGCGACCGGGUGCGCGACAUAAAGGCAGCGGUGGUGGCGGCGCGGGUGGUAGUAACGGCAAGAGUGCUGGCAGCGCGGGAGAUUUGUUGGAACGGCAGGCGCGUCAAAGAAUGGAGGUGGGCAUUGAUCGUUUGAUGAUUGUGGGUAAGCUGGCUGCGGGUUGUGAUGCCAUUAUGCCGCCGCUGCCUGGUGUGCCACGCCCUGCACAUCCGCCGCCUAUAGACCUCACCGAGCUAGGCAUAAGUUUGGAUAACAUCUGUGCAGGCGACAAAUCGAUAUUUGGUGAUCCCAGCAAUCUUACAUCCUCGCUGCCCGACAUGCUGAUGUCGAAGGGUGAGGACUCACACAGUUAUCAGAGCAUUGACAAAAUCAAUAUAAAUUCGCCGAGCGCUUCUGAGCUCACGCAAAGUACGCAAGAAAUCACCAAUGAACUGGAACUUGAAAAUGACGACGAAAACUGUGAAUUGCCACAUGACAACUACGAAAUAUUGUUGAAUACGAAGCGGUCACGCAACAAAUCCGAUAUUGAUGAUGACGACGAAGAUGAUGACCUUGACCAUAGCGACGCUGAUGAAAAUGUACGUCCGCACUUGAAGGAGGUACGUUUUCAUAGUGUACACGACACCAUGUCGCGUUCGAAGAGCUACACGGACAGCACAAAUGCGCGACGUCGACGCAAGAAACGCAACCAAUCGCGCAGCUCUUCGGAAAUGCAAAUUAACCAAGCCAAUUUAAGACUGCACAAUGCACAAACAAAUGCGAACGGCAUGCACAAUAAUCUCGAUAAUUGCGACGCGGCCAGCGCCUGUUCCACAUGUUCAUCCAGCUCCUCCAGCGAUAUGGACGACUACUUAUAUCGUAUACCAGCGCGUAGACACUACGGUGGCGUGCGUGUAUCCUACGUGCCGAACGAUGCGAUCGCUUACGAACGAAAACGAAAACAAGCGGCAAGCGAGCAACAUUUGGGUAGCGGCGGCUCAUUGAUUGGUGGCACAGCAGCUUCGAUGACCGCAUCGACAAGCGGCGCUACGAGUGGCGGGGAUACGAAGAACUGUAUUAUUUCAUGACAGCCUCCGAUAUUGCCGCCGCCACCGCUUAGCCUUGGUAGCUACUAUAUAUUGGAUACGAUCUUGGAGGAGCAACGUUUGGUAAUGGAUGAGAAGCCACCAGGUUGUUUGAGGCGCGUUUGGCGUAUGCUAACCACCGGUGGAAAGGGUAAGAAAGCGCACGUAGAAUUGCAGUGUGUGUGAAGGGGAGGAUAAGAAAAAUAGUUAUUGAGAGAACAUGUAAGAAAAAUGAUAUAUGUAUAUUGUUCUAAGAAGGAGUGUUUUAAGCAUGUCAAAAUUAAGAGGUUGUACUAAGAGAUAUUCUAAAGAGAUCUGGCAACAAUAUAUAUUAUUUAGAAGACCGGAAGCUCACUUUAGUUAUGCAUAUGUUGUUGUUUACGAACUCGUCGCAUUGUUUUCAUCCAAACUGUCAGUCAAUAGGCGCGCAAAAUUUGAAAACAUUUUUUCUAUUUUUUUUUCGACAAAUAUUGUAAUCCUGACCAUCAAUGACAUCACAAUCAUAGAGGUUGUACAAAAUUAUAUCGAAAGAGCAUUUGUUCUGUAUAUAAGAAGCACUGAAGAACUUCCAUAUCGUAGUUGUAGCUGUAAACUAAAAACCUUUAAUUUAUAUAAAAUUAAAAAAUAUCAAAAACGAAAGUGAACAAAAAGAGACACAUAUUUAACGAAACUUUGUACAAAAGAUACACAUAUGAAUAUCGAUUUACACAGUUUUAUGCAUAAGCAAGUAGCAAUUAAGUGUAUGUAUUUUAUUAAUUACCAGUUACAACUAUUACAAACUUGCACAAAAUGUAUAUAACUAUGUAAAUAUAUAAAUAUAUAUAUGUACUAAAAAUUGCAUUUAAAUUUUAUUUUUUAUUAAAUAAAACUCAACAAGGUGAAAAAAUGCCGAAAUUGGAACGAUUACAAAUGGAAUAUUGCUUGCUAUGUUAUGUGACAUUUUUGAUUUAUGCGCUUUUCAUAUUAAGACCAUUUGUUCGUUGUAUUUUAAAAUAUGAAUAUAUUUUACUUUAGUAAAGUCAAGUAAUCGUGUGUUCAAUGAAAGAUGAGAAAUCAAGAAAAUUUGUUUUCUAAUAUCAAAUAAAAGCAACCAAAUUUUGUUGAUGUCAAGUGUUGAAAUAAGCAAAAAAAAAAAGUUGACUUCGGUUGUCAGCUAUAACACCCUUCAACAACUUUAGGCCAGUUUGUAUGGCAGCUAUAUGCUAUAGUGACUCGGUCUGAACAAUUUCUUUUAAGAUUCUUCCGUUGCCUUAGAUAAUAACCCAUGCCACGUUUGAUUAACAUAUCUCGUCAAACGAACAAGUUUUCAGUACAAGCACUUGAUUUCGAUCGUUCAGUUUAUUACAGCUAUACGCUAUAGUGGUCCGAUAUCGGCCACUCUAACAAAUGAAUAGCUUCUUGGUGAGAAAAGGACGGCUGCAAAAACUGAAAUAUAUAUAUAUACAGACGAACGGAUAAACGGGCAGACAGACGGAUUUAGAAGAUGCUUAGUUUAUGCAAACUGGGAAAUGAUGAGUCGAUUAGACUAUGUAGCAUUUACAACAAAUUGCUCUAUUAUAGUCAAGUGCCGAUAUGUUGGUACUUAUAUAAAAGGAAAAACAUGAGAACACAACCACACGUUCCCAGUUCCACCACAUAUCUUUUUGUUUUAGUACUAGUCGCCCCUCGAUUGGCAGUGGUAAACCUCCCAAUGUAUUCUCGGCGUAAAAACUUCUCACAAGUAGUCUCUUAGAGUAUGUUCACACGGGCACAGUUUUUGUCGCCCAAGCCGGUUUUUGUAGGCGAGGGAACGACGAGAAAAGAUGCUUUGUUAUUUUGUUCGUAACAGUUCGCUGUGACGCACUUCGGCAUUCCUUUUCAUUCUGAAAUUAUUUUCAUGGUUAGCAGUAGCGCUCGGUUGUAAAUGGAUAUAUGUUUAUAAGCUAUUAUAUCUAAUUUUUAUAUGUAAUAUGCAAAUAUGUAUGCAAAUAUCCAUUAAAUAAUAGACAUGUUUUAAAAAAUGAUGAAUAAAGAUACAAAUUAGCUAAGCAAAAAUAUUUUUGUGCAACGCGUACAUGAAGCGUUAUGAAUUUGAAAAUGCAAUAUAAAAGAAAAUGCAGAAAAUUGUCGACAUGUGAACGCAAUGAGCAACAUCAAAACAGAAUAUGACGAUAAAGAGCGACAAAGAGAGUCCUCGUUUGGACACAGUCUUGCCAUACGGGGUUACUUUAUCGUAUCGUAGUUUUAUCCUCUUGUCACUAGAAACUUAAUUGAUGUUGUUUUCAACGAUUAUUUUCGAAUAAUUCAACUCUAUCGAAACACAUACUCGUGCAUAUGUACUCUAGAAUAGAGUAAUUUCAGCCACCAAAACAAAGAAUAAAUUGAAAUUUUGUUAUCGAAAUUUCAUCAUUUGAAAUAUGAAAUUUUUAAUGUGAAAACAAAAAAAAAAUAAAAGUCAAUAUUGUAAUAAACAUUUCUUUGAUUUUAAACGGAUACGGCAAAGUAAAAUAUUCACAUGUAAAUUAUGAAUAUAAAAGCUUUAAAAAUCUUUUGAAAGCACAACAAUAACGAGUAGCAACAACGAAUGGCGAAAUUCUUCCACAGAAACACUACAAAAGUAGGUCUAUGGUAAACAAAAAAGCAUUCCAUCACUCCAAGUGUUCAAAUAUUGAUUUCUGCGACAGGGAAUGGCUCAUGUAAGGUUUCACAAAAACAAAUAAAAUUGAUUGAAAAUAAUGGAGCUGUUAACAUUGAAGCACAGAAAGUGAAAAGGCAACAACACAACGCACAAAAUAUACUUCCAAAAUAGAACAAUAAAUAAAAUAUGCUACAAAGAAUAGAGAAAAAUACAUUUCUCACACACAUAAAAUACAUACAUACAUAUGUAAAUAUUUCAAUGGCUUUUAAGUGUAUAUAAAAGUAUGUAGUUUAUUAAUGUUUUGAUUGGGCGCGAAUACACAGAAAUACACAUAAUUAUAAUUACAAGAAGCCAAAGGAGUAUUUGGCUCACGGGCGAAUCGGCGAAAUCGGAGGAGAAAAAUACUGAUAAUGUGUAUAUUUAGUUAUGAAAAUAUUCGCGUGUUUAUUUCAUUUAUAAUUAGUAAAAAAUAUUUUUAAAUGUAAAUUAUGUUGGCAUUUUAUUUAAUUUAAUAUUUUUUAACUUUUUUUUUAUUGAAUUUACCUAAUAUUUUUAUAUGAAUUUUUUAUAAUACCAUAUAUAUGGUUUUUUAAAAUUUAUGUAAUUUGUACUUCUUCUAUUUUUUAUUUAACUCAAUUUAAUUUGAUUUGAUUUGAUUUUAUUUAAUUUUAUAUAAUUUAAUUUUAUUGUAUUUUAUUUUAUUUUCUUUUCUUUUAUUUUAUUUUAUAUAUUAUUUAAUUUUAUUUUAUUAUAUUUUGCUUAACAUAUUUUUUUAAUAUAAUUUAAUUAUUAUUUUAUUUUAUUUUAUAUAUUAUUUAAUUUCAUUUUAUUAUAUUUUAUUUAAUUAUUAUUUUAUUUUACUUUGUUUUAUUUCAGUAUAUUUUAUAUUUUUAUUACUUCCCUAUCACAUCCAAACUUUGUUUUAAUCCAAUAUUUGUUUUAAUUUUUCACAUAAAUCACCCUCCGAAAACCAACCAUCAAAGCUUAAAAUGCCUUUGUUUAUUCUCUCGCAGCCAAUUUUGCUUGAAUUUAAAUUUAAAUUUAUUAUUUGUUAACAAUCGAUGUUAUCAAAUAAUUAUACCGAUACAAAAAUUUAAUUUUAUUUAAAAAAGUGUUUAUAGUCUAACUAAAAUCUAUUCUUUUCAAGCAAAAUUUUGGCAAAUUUUUAAAGCUUUAUUUCAAAUAAAAAAAGCUAUUGAUAUGUAAAACAAAUAUAAACAAAACAAAAGUCAAUCUCAAAAUUGCGAACAAAAGAUUUUAUGUAAUUUCUAAUUCGUCACACAUUCAACUGUUAGGGAAAGCGAAAUUUUUACAAAAAUAAAAAUUUAUAAAGUCGAAAAUUCCGAACAAAAGAUUUGAUGUAAUUUCUUACUCUUUCAGCUUCAGCUUUUAAAGAAGGUGAAAUUAUUACAAUAAUAAUAUUUCAUUAAGUCGAAAACAAUACAACUAUCCUUCUACAACUGUUUUAUUAAUAUAUAAAAUAUGCAUACUAUUGAUUUAGCACGCCAUAGUAUGAAUACUAAAUCCGCCUUUUGAUUCUGUUAUUUUGAGCUUGAUUUAUUCUUUAUUAUUGACUUUUUAUUUCUUAAAAUACUUUCGUUUUCUUUUCACAAAAGCAAUGAAAUUAUCGAAAGUGAAUACCCUUAGAAGUGAGUCAUAGCAGAGAAUGUUAAUUUAUACCAUUAGCAGUAUGUUGAAUUAACAACCUCUGCUAACAUACAUAGUAUUGUAGUUAUUAUCGAAACCAGAAAUGUACACUGUAAUGUUAAAAAAUAUGGUAUAUAUGAGACCGUAUGUAAAAGAUACCUUAAAUGUGUGAAAUGAAUAUAAUAUGUAAAUAUAUAAAACGUUAUAUUUUAGGCGGUAAAACCUAUAUGCUAGCAUUAAGUAUAUCAUUAUUGAACGCUAUGUAAAGUGAGUGAAACUGAAAUAAACUAUUGCAUUUAACAAAAAUCAAAAGUAA